CAGAUAUAGUGAAUGCAGGGUCCAGGGGGCCCAGAUAUAGUGAAUUCGGGGUCCUGGGAGACCAGAUAUAGUGAAUGCAGGGUCGGGGAGACCAGAUAUAGUGAAUGCAGGGGUCCAGGGAGAGCAGAUAUAGUGAAUGCAGGGUCCAGGGAGAGCAGAUAUAGUGAAUGCAGGGUCCGGGGAGACCAGAUAUAGUGAAUGCAGGGUCCAGGGAUACCAGAUAUAGUGAAUGCAGGGUCCGGGGAGACCAGAUAUAGUGAAUACAGGGUCCGGGGAGACCAGAUAUAGUGAAUGCAGGGUCC